CGUCUCCCUCCACAACCAGCUAGUUAGCUUUUUAGCUAAAGGAUACGGAACCCGAAAACCAAGGCGAACAACGCAUUUUCUUUAAUUUGUUAACGUUUACUGAUACAACAAACGCGAUCAACAAUCAGCGUUUGUUUACGGUUUGUAACGCGCGUGAAAACGUACCUCUAUAUCGAGGGUAGCGUCGCAUUACCUUGUAUUUUUCACUGCGCCGGUUUUAUGUGAGCACAAAGGCCCACACAAGCCCGCUGUUUCCAAGCAUGUAUCCUUGGGGUACAAACUACGGCGGUGGCCAUCAACCACCUUCGCAGCAGAACUUCGGCGCGCCGUCUCCUCAAGGCGAAGGCUUCGCAGGUGGAUUCGGGAGUUAUGGAGCCGCUACGCCCGCAGCGGCACCCGGUUCCACUUUCAACAGCCUGCGGGAGCAGCAUCUCCAGCAGAUGCAGCAGCUGCAACAGCUCCACCAAAAACAGCUCCAAUCCGUGCUGCACCACGACAGGAACGUAGAUGCAAACCCCUAUGGCGGCGGUGGUACUGCGGCCGAAUCGUGGCAAGGCAGUUCGGGAUAUGGGUAUGGUUCAACGGGGGCCGGUGCCCCUUCCCCUUAUCAAGAUGAGUAUCAGACCUCGCAAGCCGGUCAGCCCGGACCACAGCAGCCGCCGCUACCGCCACAGUCCCCGCAGUCCAAGGAGGCCCAGCCUCCCCCACCAGAUUCGACCCUUCCGGUGCCCACUCAGAACAAUGGUACUCCAGCGACUAAAGAGGUAAACAAGAAAGAAUCUUUGGCCUCGAAAGACCAGGUACAUUCCUCUGGGUCGGAGGAGGAAAAGCCCGAUUUUACGUCAAUGUCGUUGCAGGAGCAGCAGCAGUAUUGGUACAAGCAGCAUCUCCAGAAUCUGCAGAGGCUGAAAGCCGAGAAGGCCAAACAGGGUCAGGGUGAUGGCCCAACGCCCCGGCCCCACUCGGCAGCCGCGCCUCCUCCUCCAUCGGAACCCCCUAAGAGCGCCCCUCCACCACCCCCACCCAAAGAGGAGCCCCCACCACCACCUCCACCUGAGGACAAAACGCCUGCACCCCCAGCCCAGGACCCAGCAGAGGCGGCCCGGCUGAAGCAGCUCCAGAGUGCAGCGGCCCAGUGGCAGCAGGCCCAGCAGCAGAGAGCGGGCUACCAGUACCAAGCCCUGAUGCGGCACCAUGCUCAGCUACAGGUCAUCCUCAACCAGUACCAGCAGUGUAUCCAACAACCUGCACAGCUAGAGACGAUGUCUAUGGCCAUGCAGCUGAGUCACUAUGAGAAGCAGCAGCAGCAGUUUGGCCCGGUGUUUGGAGACUGGGGCCGCACCUUCAGCCAGUGGCAAGAGCAGUUCCAGUCCUACCCACAUAAAGACCAGCUACAGGACUACGAGUUACAGUGGAAACAGUGGCAGGAACAGAUGAACUCCACCUCAGCACACCUACAGGAGAGGGUCACCAGCCUGCGAGCCACGCAGCAACAGUACGGAGGCGGUGGACAGUACGGAGCUGAUCAAUACGGUAGUAGUGACCGGUAUGGUACUGGAGGGUACGGGGACCAGUACAACCAAUAUGGUCAGUACCCACAAUCUGGACCGGACUCGCAGAUUCAACAAGGUCACAUGGUGAGCCCGUCCGUGCCGUCCCAGCCAGGUAGCCAGCCCUCGUCCGUCUCUGGAUCCAUGUUGCAGGGCCCUCGACCAGGGCAGCAAGGCCCCUCAAACGCCCAACGCAUGGGAACCCCUACAGGAGAACCACACCAAGGGCCUCAGGCAGAGCAGUACAACCUGUCUGGAACUCCAGGGAGAGGGGCGGGCCCGGGAGGGAGAGGGGCGGGCCCGGGAGGGAGAGGGGCGGGCCCGGGAGGGAGAGGGGCGGGCCCGGGAGGGAGAGGUGUGGCCAGAUCACCAGUUCCACCACCAGGACAGCCUCCACCCUACCAAAGCCCCAGAGGACCAAGGUUUGAUGGUCCGAGAGGGAACGGCCCGCUGUUUGACCAGCAGCAGCAAUCCGGUCAACAGCAGAGGUUUAAUGCUCCACCAGGCCCCAGGUUCAACGAGCAGCGCCAGAGGUUCGACCAGCCUGGCCCCAGAGGACCAGGGCCUCGCUUUGGGCAGCAGGGGUCCCGGUUCGACCAGCCCCCCCCGAGACAAAACCCCCCUGGCUGCUUUGAAAGACCACCUGGUCCCCCAGUUCCCCAUAUAGGCCCACAGCCUAAACCAGACACUAGUAAAGACACACAACCACCACAGGGUAAGACUGAGACGCCAGCGGGCUCCAAGCCUCCGGGUAAUAAGCCUACCGGGCCAGCGAAACCAGGAGCAGAACCGGAGGAUAUGUCAGAGGACAUGGUGGACUCACUGGAUGGCUUCUUUGUCCAAAAUGACCCCAUCCCUCAGACGAAGGCAGAAGCUGACGCUGCUGCUGCUGCUGCUAGUAAGGGAUCCACCGCCAACAUGGAGAAGGUGAGCCCUACUGGUCCUGCCGGUACCAAGCCCCAAGUGUCCACCGACGCCUCUGUGUCCCCGAAAACCGCUUCCCCCGCUAAGACCGCUUUCAAACCAGGUGGACCGGAUGGGCCAUUAAAGAAUAAUGUCAAUGACAAAAACAGGCCUCAGGGACCGGAGCCUUCGAAGACAGACCCAAUGACCAACCAACCUCCUGGUCCUCCGGGGCCCAUGGGACGUGGCCAGCUGCUAGGGCCUGUCAGAGGACGAGGGGAGGCGGAUGGAGGGAUGAGGGGAGGUAGAGGACGAGGGGAGUUUGAUGGAGGGAUGAGGGGAGGUAGAGGACGAGGGGAGUUUGAUGGAGGGAUGAGGGGAGGGAUGAGGGGAGGUAGAGGACGAGGGGAGUUUGAUGGAGGGAUGAGGGGAGGUAGAGGACGAGGGGAGUUGGAUGGAGGGAUGAGGGGGCGGGGAGGAAGGGGUGGUCUGAGGGGACGUGGAGGACAACAGCCCGGUAUCCCAGACUUCAGUCUCAACACUGUCCCCCUGGGAGGUGGGAGGACGGAGGACGACAUGGAGGGGGUUCCUUACGACUACAGACCUCCACAUGAAGAGAUGAGAUCACAACAUGGAGGACCAGAGGAGGUCUGGCAGCAGGACCCUUCACUGGAGAAACCUGGAGGUCCUCCUCUGCCUGAAGAGGAGAUGUGGGUCCCUGAAGAGCACUACUACUCUCCAGAGGACUACUACGAAGACCCAGGGAGAGGAGGUCCCCCUAUGGGGAGAGGAGAGCCUCUAGACGGGCACCACUGGGAGGAAGGAGACCCCCCACUUCCAGAGUACUGGGGAGAGGAAGGAGAUCCCUACUGGAUGGACCGGAGGCCCCCUCCUCAUGGCAUGAGAGGAGGCCCCCGAGCCCCCUUCCAUCCUGGGCGUAGUCGUCCUCCACGCGGCCGACCCGGCUUCAUGCACCAGGGGGGUCCCAGACGCCCCCUUCCUCCUCCUCGCGGAGCCAUGGACCCCCAUGACCCUCUAGGAUCCCCCAUGGGGCCUCACGAUGACUUGGACCCUCUGGGACCCCCGCUGCAUCGAGACUACAACCCCAGAGGGCCGCCCAUGCACCACGAUAUGAUGGAGCGAGACAUGAGGGGGCGACCUCCUCCACCUAGAGAGAUGAUGGACAGAGAUCUGAUGGGGCCUGGUGAUCAUCCUCCAUAUCACGACACGGAUAGGGACCUUGGCUGGCCCCCGGGCCCAGGACGACCCCCCAACCACGGCAGAGUCGGGCCAAGAGGUCCGCCUCCCCUUGAGAUGAUGAUGAUGGAGCGAGGGGGGAUGAGGAGGCGUCCGAUGGGCCCUCGGGGAGCCCCGAUGGGCAGGGCCCGGGGCAUGAUGCAGCAGCCACACGAGGAGAUGGAGGGGUACGGGGAGGAGUUUGGUGGUCCUGAUGAUGACAGGUAUGGAAGACCGCUGCCACCGCGUGACUGGCCGAAGCGCUCGACACAUGAUUACGACCGCGAGGAGGAGUAUUAUCCCCAUGAGCCUCCUCGUGGUGGGGAGUGGGACAGGGAGAGAGGAGGACCACUACCAGAGAGAGACUACCCUCCCCCAGACCGCUUCAGAGAGGACGAGUGGACUGAUGAGAGGGACCAAGACCGUCCUCCAUAUGCCUACGAGGGAGACAGAGACCGUCCUCCAUACGCCUACAAGGGAGAAGAGCACGGAAGAGGAGGCAAGCUACAAAGUCGCGACUACCCGGACGACCCUCCUUACAGGCACAAUGAACCCCCCUACUUGCCACCUCCAGAGUGGGAGAGAUCAAGACCACCCCUUCCGGAGAGAAACUACCCCUCAGAUUUUGAGGAGCAUAGGCACCACUACGACGGACGAGCCGAGCCACCUAGAUCAGAUCUAGGUAUCCCUCCACCCACCCCUUCCCAGGCCCUUGCUCCUCCCACUACUGGACCAGACAGUUCUCAGGAACCAGCCUCACAGGGAACUGGACCGGGCAUACUGGCUCUGUCACAACGACAACAUGAGAUCAUCCUGAAAGCUGCCCAUGAGCUGAAGCUUAUCAGGUCUGUUUCUCUGGUACUGAACAGAGAAAUGCAGGAGAAUUUGACCGAGGGAGAGGCCCUAUCCAUCACGUCUGACCCAAAGACGGAGCUCCCUGCUGGGCUACUGGGGCUGGAGAUCCCCCCUGAGGUCCGGAGUGCCCUGCAGGCGACCAAUCUCAUUUCUAACUCAACUGCUGCAAAAACAGUGACGUGGGGAGACACCAACCCUCAAGAUACUGGGUACAUGUCCUCCGUUCCUCCAGUCCCCAACGCACCAGUCAUCCCGAAGACUGUCGACUAUGGACAUGGACAUGACCUGGGUGCUGCCACGGUGGAGCGGAUCUCUUACGGUGAGAGGAUUGUGUUGAGGCCUGAUCCCUUACCCGACAGGGAGAGGAGCUAUGAAAAAGAACUACUGGGCCCCCUGAGAGACCCCUACCACAGAGACCUGUACUACGACAGACGACCGGUGAGCCCCUACAUGGAGCGCAGGGAGUACAGCAGGGAGAGGGAGAUGUACAGAGAAAAGGCUCCCAUGGACUUUGAAAGAGAACGAUACGAGAGGGAGCGCUAUCCGCCUCGAGAUGACAGACAACCCUCAGGCCAUCCUCGCCCCGGUCCCCCACCUCCUCGCCCGGGCUACAGGGACAGAGACAUGAGGGAGAGGGAGGGCAGCCGGACCAGUAGAGACAGAGAGGAUACUUAUGGAAGACCUGGGGGUUAUGACAGACCUCCGUUCGAGCGCGGGCCUGAUCGUGGGCCUGAGCGCUACGACCAUGGUGACGAGCGCGGGCCGGAGCGCUACAACCAUGGUGCUUCAGCAUAUGGUGAACGGAGGAGUUACCCAGAAGAGAGAGGAGGAGGAGGCCCCACGUCGUCCCACCCUCCUCCCCCCCCACCGACUGCUCCUCCUUCCAGGAUUGAGAAGAAACCGGAGACCAAGAAUGUGGAGGACCUUCUCAAACUGCCAGGCCGAGACACUCGUCCAGAAAGGAUCGUCAUCAUAAUGAGAGGCCUACCAGGAAGUGGGAAAAGCCAUGUGGCCAAGCUGAUACGGGACAAGGAGGUGGAGUGUGGAGGGGCUCCACCCAGAGUGCUGGGGUUAGACGACUACUUCAUGACGGAGGUGGAGAAGGUGGAGAAGGACCCAGAAACAGGGAAACGAGUCAAACUCAAGUGUCUGGAAUACGAGUACGAAGCGGAGAUGGAAGACACGUACAGGAACAGCAUGCUAAAAACAUUCAGGAAGACCCUAGACGACGGCUUCUUCCCCUUCAUCAUCAUCGACGCUAUCAAUGACAGGGUUAAAUACUUUGAUCAGUUCUGGAGUGCUGCCAAGACUAAAGGCUUCGAGGUAUACUUGGCUGAAAUCACGGCAGACAAUCAGACUUGUGCUAAAAGAAAUGCCCACGGACGGAAGAUGAAAGAUAUUCAAAAGAUGUCCAGUAACUGGGAGUCGUCUCCACGUCACAUGGUGCGGCUGGAUGUCCGUUCCCUGCUUCAGGACGCUGCUAUUGAGGAGGUUGAGAUGGAAGACUUAAAUCCUGAUGACGAGCCGCUGAAGGAGCCCAAGAAGGAGGAGGAGGAGGAAGAUAUUAAGGGUUACAUUCCACAAAGCAAAUGGGAGAUGGACACUUCUGAUGCCAAACUCGACAAGCUGGACGGCUUGGUGAUGGGGGGGAAGAGGAAGAGGGAGGGAGACGACGUGGCAGGCAUGGAUGACUUUCUUCAGCUGCCAGACGACUACGCCACGCGCCACUCUGAACCCGGCAAGAAGAGGGUUCGCUGGGCUGACCUCGAAGAGCAGAAGGAUGCGGAGCGCAAGCGUGAUAUCGGCUUUGUGGUGGGUCAAACAGACUGGGAGAAAAUCACAGACCAGAGCGGACAGAUAGCUCAGAGAGCUCUCAACCGCACUAAGUAUUUCUAAAAACAGAAGAUCACUGCCCUCACCCCCUGCUUCCUGAUUUAUAGGUCUGCAGACUGUGAAUAUGCUUAACCCGUUUCUCGAAAAACAAAGUCAUGAAGACUACACAUUCUACCUGUUGACUUUUAGGAGAUCCAUAGUUGUUUAUUCCAUUAUUAGAAUACAGAAUAGAUUUAUCUUGCGUUUAAAAAAAAAAACUUUAAAAAAUUAUAAUAAUUCUUGAUCUUCAUUUUGAGUAUUUUUUUAGUUGUUUUUUUCCUUCCUCUUUUCGAUGGUAAAAUUCAUGCACCAGUUUAUCUUGAGCUUCGCUUUCUCAUUUUAUACUGUAAUGUCUUCCUGUAUGUUAGCACUGUUGCUUAUUUUAUUAAAUAAACUGAAGAAACAAUAAAAGUUUCACACACAAAACAACCAGGAGAGUCUCAUGUGUGUGGUCAUGUGGGCUACGCCAUGGAGAGUCUUCUGUGAUGUCUGUUUUCAUGGUGACCACAUACAGUACAACCUCAAAAGAUACAAAACCAAUUUUUUUGUUGUGUUUUUUUUAAAGAAAUAUAUUUCAAAGUUUCAAUCGUU